AUGAAUGAUGAAACAGAGAACACUAAUGUAACAUGCUGCUCCCAUGUUGAUAUUAGCUCUAGAGACAAUUCUCUCCGACCCUUGGAGUUAAUGCAAAAUGACGCUCACAGGAUAUACUUGGCUUCCCCAGACUACAAAAGUUCUUACAUGAGGAAGGAGCUGUCUGUGGUGAGAGUGUCGGCGCCGACAGUGUUCUUGCCGCAGGAGGCACAUCUCAAAACUCAAAACGAGGGAAGAAUGCUCUUUCAUCUUCAGGAUUCUGAUCUGGCUGAACUAUUUUCUGAACUUGUGGACUCAGGAGGAAGUCCAACAGUUAGUGGGGAUGUUAUAGGUUAUUGUUACACUCUUGUGGAGAGCCUCAAGACAUGGUUACAGGGGCGGCACUGGGAUGUUCUGAUCCUCUAUAACAGUGACCUUCCUGACGACCGUUACAAGAUGGCUCAUUGCAGUGUUGGUGGUGGAACUGCCUCUUCAAGGGUAGUAGUGUUUGCAGGGCUGGGAGACAUCUUUCUGGGAGAUGAACAAUUUGAUUGUCUAGUGUUUGUAAAGGGCAGUAGUGCCUGCUUGACUGCUGUAGCACAGGCUGUCGACCACAUAGUAGGGACAAAAUGUUUCUACCCUCCAGAUCUCUGGCAGUCUUCAGAGUGGCACCUCCGACAGGAAUAUUCAGCGACUCUAGUAUCUAUACAAGCUGACGUGUGUGUGGUGGGCCCUAGCGCAGACAUUAAUGAACUUCUAACUAUUGAGUCUGUCCCUUGGUAUGUCAAGACACUUAGUGUCUUGUAUUUAUUAUUCCCAUGGAUCCAUAAAAUGCUGAAUAAGGAGGUAAUAUUGAUUAGACUGUCAGUUUACAGUGCUGUUAUGGGGUUCACCAGGCCGACAUUACCACCUGUUUCUGAAAUGAAAGGAUCCAAUGACUUCAUUAUCAGUACAGCUGUGUAUGCCUUAGCUCCCUCAUGGAGUAGAACUGAGUUGUUAGCUGAGCACAUUUACAAAAGGAUCUGUGCAGCCUUGUCCCAGUCCGGGACUGUCAUCAAACUAGAUGAGGUUAAGAGAAUACUAGCAGCUAUCAACUGGCCAAGAGAAGCUACAAAUAGCAGAGUGGAUGAAGUGAUCGGACAGGUGUUAGCCAUCAAUAAACAAGGUCAUUUGAUCUAA